UCAGUAGAUCCAAUGAGGUGACGCCGCGUUCCGGGCCCGACUGCCGAGAGCAAGCCGGUGAUAAGGGGAACUAAAAACUACCAAGCGUGACAACGAAGAGGCUCUGAAUCAACACAGAAUCAGGAAAACUAAUCAGAGAGUCCGUGCAGUCUGCUGGCAGCCCCGUCACACUCUGGUUUGUGCCGCUUGUGGAAAGCUCAUCAUGGGGGAGAGGAAACUGGCGCUGAUAACUCUCUUCUGCCUUGUUCUGGCAAUGUUGCCUUCUCACACAGUGAGUGUAGCUGUCAUGUCGGUUGACCUGGGCAGUGAGUGGAUGAAAAUGGCAAUAGUGAAACCUGGUGUGCCAAUGGAGAUUGUUCUCAACAAGGAGUCGCGGAGGAAAACUCCCACAGUUGUAUGCCUCAAAGAGAAUGAAAGACUUUUUGGAGACAGUGCACUGGGAGUGUCCGUGAAGAACCCUAAAACUGUUUAUAGGCACCUCCAAAGCCUCCUGGGCAAAAAGCACAAUAACAUCCAGGUGGCGCUCUACCAAAGACGUUUUCCUGAGCACCAGCUGCAGGAGGACCCAGUGAGAGGCACAGUGUACUUUAAAAACUCAGAAGAAAUGCAGUACACGCCUGAGGAACUCCUCGGGAUGAUGCUCAAUUAUUCACGUGGACUGGCUCAGGACUUUGCAGAACAACCGAUCAAAGAUGCAGUGAUUACCGUCCCAGCCUUUUUCAACCAGGCAGAGCGCAGGGCAGUCCUGCAGGCUGCACAGAUGUCCGGUCUAAAGGUCCUUCAGCUCAUCAAUGACAACACAGCUGUGGCCUUGAACUAUGGGGUCUUCAGGAGGAAAGACAUCGAUAGCACAGCUAAGAAUGUGAUGUUUUAUGAUAUGGGCUCAGGCAGUACCACCGCCACCAUCGUCACUUAUCAGACCGUCAAAUCCAAGGAAACUGGCACCCAGCCCCAGUUACAGAUCCGAGGUGUCGGGUUUGACCGUGGGUUGGGGGGCUUUGAGAUGGACCUGCGACUCCGGGACCACCUGGCUAAACUAUUCAAUGAGCAGAAGAAGAGCAAGAAAGAUGUGAGGGAGAAUCACCGGGCCAUGGCCAAACUCCUCAAAGAGGCUCAGAGGCUCAAAACGGUGCUUAGUGCUAAUGUGGAAUUCAUGGCCCAGGUGGAAGGUUUGAUGGAUGACAUUGACUUCAAAGCUAAGGUGACCAGGACUGAGUUUGAGGAGCUGUGUGCUGAUCUUUUUGAAAGAGUGCCUCGCCCGGUGCAGGAAGCCCUCACUGCCGCAGAAAUGAAGCUGGAUGAAAUUGAACAGGUGAUCUUAGUAGGUGGCUCUACCCGUGUCCCCAAAGUUCAGGAAGUGCUGCUCAAAGCUGUGGGGAAGGAGGAGCUGGGGAAGAACAUCAAUGCAGAUGAGGCAGCAGCUAUGGGCGCUGUGUACCAGGCUGCUGCCCUCAGCAAAGCCUUCAAGGUCAAACCUUUCAUGGUCCGAGAUGCAGCUGUCUUCCCCAUUCAGGUGGAGUUCACCCGUGAGACCGAGGAGGAGGGGGUCAAAACCGUGAAACACAACAAACGCAUCCUUUUCCAGAGGAUGGCGCCCUACCCCCAGCGCAAGGUCAUUACAUUCAACCGCUACAACGACGACUUUGCUUUCGACAUCAACUAUGGUGACCUCAGCUUCCUGAGUCAGGAUGAUCUCAGUGUGUUUGGUUCUCUGAACCUGACCACAGUCAAACUGUCAGGAGUGGGCAGCAGCUUUCAGAAGCACACAAAUGCAGAAUCAAAAGGCAUCAAAGCCCAUUUCAACAUGGAUGAAAGUGGCGUCCUCCUGCUGGAUCGGGUGGAAUCUGUCUUUGAAACAGCUGUGGAGGAGAAAGAAGAGGAAUCAACAUUAACUAAACUGGGUAACACAAUUUCCACCUUGUUUGGAGGAGGAUCCUCAGAACCCGCCCCAAAUGUAACCGAACCUGUCCAGGAUGAGGAGGAAGUGCCUCCAGAGUCAGCGAAGGACGACAAGGAUGAGGCCCAAAAGGAUGAGACUGCCAAGGAGAAGCAGGAUGAGUCAGAGAAAAGUGCAAAUGAAGAGAAAAGCCAGGAGAAGACUGAGGAGGCAGACAGCAAGACGGACGCCAAAGAGGAAAAGGACAGAGAGAAGUCUGGAAACGCUGAGGCAGAGAAGGAUGUGGAGAAGAAGACAAAACCUCAAAAAAAAACCAAGAUCUCUGAGGACAUCACAGUGCAGCUUGUCAUCAAUGACAUCUUCGAUCCCACUGAAGACGAUGUCAUUUCAUCUAAAAAGAAGCUGCAAGAUCUGACAAACAGAGACCUGGCCAAACAGGAGAGGGAAAAGACACUGAACAGUCUGGAAGCUUUUGUCUUUGAGACACAGGACAAGCUGUACCAGGAGGAUUACCAGCUGGUGGUGUCAGAAGAGGAGAAGGAGCAGAUAUCUGCCAAGCUGUCUGAGGCAUCAGAGUGGUUAGAUGAAGAUGGUUACACUGCCACCACCAAGCAGCUAAGGGAGAAGCUGUCUCAGUUGAAGAGCCUGUGCAAGGACAUGUUUUUCAGGGUUGAGGAGCGACGCAAGUGGCCAGACCGCCUUGCUGCUUUGGAGAGCAUGCUCAACACCUCCAGCUUCUUCCUGAGGAGCGCUAAACUGAUUCCAGAGGACGACCAGAUCUUCACUGAAGUUGAGCUGAAUAUGUUAGAGAAAGUCAUCAAUGAAACAAUGACGUGGAAGAAUGAGACGGUAGCAGAGCAGGAGAAACGCUCUCCAAGAGAGCGGCCGAUCCUGCUGUCCAAAGACAUUGAGUCCAAACUGGCACUGCUGGAUCGUGAGGUCAACUACUUGCUGAACAAGGCCAAGUUUGCCAAGCCAAAGGCUAAAGCCAAAGCCAAGAACAGCACCAGCUCGGAUAAAAGCAGCAAGACCAACAACACAGCUGAGGAGAAAGUCAUCCCUCCCACAGAGGAGAGCACAGACACACAGAGUGAAAUCCCAGAGGAAGUGCAGCCAGGUGAUGCCCCGCCCACCGAGGAAAGCACGGUACACAUAGACUCAGACAGCCAAUCAGAGCCCACAGAAGAAACAACAACCACAGGACCAGUGGAGAAGGCCCAACCUGAAAACCACAUAGAAGAUGAAUUAUAACAGCUGGAACGGGGGGGAAAUCACUAUAUUUAUUGACAGUGUAUAAAUGUUCAAGUUCAUUCUGGCUCAGUUUUUUCCAUUUGGCUUUUCUUUUUUCUUUCUUUCUUUUUUUUUUUUUUGUGCCCCUGUUUGUCGAACUGCUGGAAGCUGAAUGGAUAAGGAUUGGAGACCACUCAUCUUGUUCCCACUUUGUCUCCUGUGCCGUUCAUCUUUUCUGUCUUUCAUGGAUUCUUUAAGCAAUGGACACUCAAACACCAUGGAGAACCAGUUUAACAAAAAUAAAGCCCAAGGCUGUGUCUGCGCUGUGAUAGACACACGUCUCAGACAAAAUACCUUUUUCACAUCCAGCAAAUGAUCUCAUCAACGCUGAUACAGAAGGAGAUGUAAGCUGUGCAUGGCGGUAUUGAAAUAACUGUAAACGUUUGACAAGGAUGAGUGCCGUCAUGCAUGACAACUUGUCCUCUGCACUGUAUCCUCAAAUAUGUUGUGUUGUUGUGAGGUUAGUAUUUGUCCUAACACCUGCCCUCCCCUUUACUGACCUUUCAUGGCAACUCAGUAAGUGCACUAGAGACCUCUGGAGCAGUCUCCAUGAAUAGAUAGAGUUUUUUUUUUUUUUUCCUUCCUCCCCAAAAUUGUAUUUUGACACAAAUUGUAGGGAAAUUUAUAGAAAACAGACACAAAAUGGAAGCAAACAUCACAUACAUGCAGUGCAUUUAAAACUGCAUUUGCUUCAUAAUAAUUCAAGGGGUAUCAUGGGACAAUAUGGGAAGUCAUACUAUAUUUGCUGACUAGGCUGUUAGAAGCAGCAGCAAAAAAGUGGCUGUUAAAUCAGAAAGACUAAAUUCUGCUAAAACAUGUAAAUUCUGGAGAUGGUCAGCUGAUGUUAUACAUGACCAGAAAUGCUGGUGUAAAGGUGCAGCAUAUCUAAAUGUUUGGAAGUACCUGGUUAAUAACAGAACUACUUACGGUGUGUCCUGCAGGGAUCAGUCACUUUGUUAAGUCACUUAAUUAUUUAGUAUGCUUACUAAAUGGAAGUUGUUAACUGGUGAACAUCCAGCAUUACACACCCCCUGAAGUUCGUAUUCACCACCAGCAUUUAUGUGUUUUUUUUUUCUUGCUAGCUGAAUAGAAUCAUGAUUACCUCAAAAGAAGCACAUGCAUGGGUCCAUCAUGUAGCUGUUAGUGCUGCUGAUUGACUGCUGUGGUGUUCCUGUAUGUGCAGACCAACAGAGCUGCCAAAUAGGAAUGAUGUAAAAUUUGAAUAAUGUCUCCACAUUUCUCCUUACCACCAUUCUUCUGUUCUAGCUGGAUGAACCAAAAUGACUCCUGAAUUAGUUUUUCUACUGAUGCCAAUGCAACCCUUGAUAAGUGCUUGAAUGUGUUUCAAUGACAGCGGAAGAACUUCACAUUUUCAAAGUCUCACGAGCUGCUAAACAUCAUAGAAGAGGUGAUGUAUUAGUGUUGUCAUUGUACUUACCUCAACAUGCCCUGUGGUGCAAUUCUUGCUCAGAUGUUGGCUCCAUUUUUUUUGCAUCAGAAUAGGACGGGGUUGUGGAAUUUGGAUUAGGAGUUUGGGUCAGUUGUGUGCUUCUGUGUUUUGAGCACUUAUUUGAAGGGGGAACUGAAAAAAAAACACAAAAAGACAGGAAUGGAAGAUACAAUGUUGUGUUUCUAAACCGUUAAUAAAAAUCCUUUUUGUUUUUAA